AAUUAAAGGUAAAAACCCCAAAAGCCCUCUCCUCACAGCUCUCAGCAGGCAGCAUCUCUCUUCUCUGAGAAAUGAAUUUGCGGCACUUGAUUUCCAGGCAAGCAGUAACCAAUGCUUCAGUUAUCAGGGGAAGGUUGCGAUCGCUCUAUGCUUUCACAACCAUAGCAGCAGACCCAGUUCCUCUGACGUUUCGUCCACCGAGCUAUGGCGGCUCUAAACCCAUCAAGAACCCUAAUUUCCCUAAACCCUUUUCUCCAUUUCACCGAUUCAUACACUCUGCUCAAGCUCAGGUGGUUGAUUCCGAGGAUUCCGAGCAGGAGGAAGACGGAGCCGUUAACGAUUUCUUGUCCCGGUUCGUGUGGAUCAUGCGGCAGAAGCUCUCCGAAUCGUACCCGGGUUCCGAUAAGGCUACCGUCGACGGCAUGCUGUUGAUUAUUGUGGAGAGAGUUGUGGCGGAGAUGGAGAAGGGCGGCAUUGAGCAGAUGCUGGGCACGUCAGGGUCGACGCCAUUGGGUGAUUUUAGUGACGAUUUGUGGAAGACGGUGUGGGAGGUGAGCAAUAUGGUGUUGGAGGACAUGAAGAGGGAAGCGAAGAAGGAGAAAAUGAAGGGGUUUUUGCAGGAAGAGGAGGUGAAGGAGAUGUGUAGAUUCGCCGGUGAAGUCGGAAUUCGAGGGGAUAUGCUUAGGGAGCUGAGGUUCAAGUGGGCUCAGGAGAAGAUGGAGGAGGCUGAGUUUUAUCAGAGCUUGGAGCGGCUUCGAGAGGAGGACAAGAAGGCGGAGGAAGCAGGGGAGCAAGUAGAGGGAAUGCAUGGUGAAACCACAGGGGAAGAGGUGAAGUCUGAGGUUGUUUCGCUUCCCAAGAGGCGAGGGAAGAUCAAGUACAACAUUUAUGGUCUUGAUCUGUCUGACCCCAAGUGGGUUGAUGUGGCUAAUAGAAUCCAUGAGGCUGAAGAGAUCACUUGGCCUCAGGAACCGAAACCCAUAUCCGGAAAAUGCAAAUUGGUUACUGAGAAUAUUAUUCAAUCGAAUGUGGCGGAUGACCAGUCUCCGCUUUUAGCUGAAUGGGUAGAGCUACUUCAUCCUAGUCGGGUUGAUUGGCUCAAUUUGCUUAACAGGUUGAAAGAGCAAAACACUGCAUUAUACUUCAAGGUAGCAGAACUUGUAUUGGAUGAGAAAUCCUUCCAGACAAACAUUCGUGAUUACUCAAUGCUCAUUGAUGCCCAUGCAAAAGAGAACCAUCUCGAAGAUGCUGAGAGAAUUUUGAAGAAGAUGAAUCAAAAUGGUAUCAUACCUGAUAUUUUAACUGCCACUAGUUUGGUUCACAUGUACAGCAAGGUAGGCAAUCUUGACGGUGCCAAACGAGCAUUCGAAAGCUUAAGGAGCCAGGGCUUCAAACCUGAUGUCAAGGUCUACAAUUCGAUGAUCAUGGCAUAUGUAAAUGCUGGCCAACCAAAAUUAGGGGAGUCGUUGAUGAGAGAGAUGGAAGCAAGAGAUAUCCAACCCACAAAAGAAAUCUUCAUGGCAUUGCUUCGGUCAUUUGCACAACGUGGUGAUAUUGGUGGAGCUGGACGAAUUGCCAAUAUUAUGCAGUUUGCAGGGUUCCAGCCAACAUUGGAGUCUUGUACACUGCUUGUCGAAGCAUACGGGAAAGCUGGUGACCCUGACCAGGCAAGGAGCAACUUUGAUUACAUGAUGAAAGUUGGGCACAGGCCUGAUGACAGAUGCACUGCAAGCAUGCUUGCUGCUUACGAAAGAAAGAAUUUACUGGAUAAAGCGCUGAAUCUGUUAAUGCAGCUUGAAAAGGAUGGAUUUGAGCCUGGAGUUGCCACUUACUCCGUUCUUAUAGAUUGGUUGGGUAAAUUGCAGCUAGUUGGUGAGGCUGAGCAGCUAUUGGGAAAAAUUGCCGAGCAGGGUGAGGCUCCUCCUCUGAAAGUUCAUAUAGGCCUUUUUGAUAUGUAUGCUAAAGCUGGAGUCGAGAAAAAGGCACUCCAAGCUUUGGGAGUAUUGGAGGCUAAGAAGGAUCAAUUGGGUUCAGAGGAGUUUGAGAGGAUCAUAAACGGGCUUAUAGCUGGUGGGUUUGUGCAGGAUGCUCAUAGGGUACACGACCUGAUGGUGGCUCAGGGUUUUACUGCGUCAGAGCCACUUAAGGUGGCACUAAUGGCAUCUCAAGCUUUUGGGCGCAAAAGGCCCUCAAUGAGAAGAUAGUUUGAUGGCCAUCAACAGAUGCUUCACAGUAUUUUGGCUGCAAGACCGCUGUUAAGAUGUUUUGUAGCUUUAGGAAUUCAUAGCUGUUUGGCCACAUUUAGUAAGAUAAAAGGAGUUAGCGUAUUCUGUUCGGUGCAUUACAAUAUUAUGAUAUUUACCUUGUUUCCCAUGCUCAUAUGGACAGAAUGCAAGUCGGGUUUUGGAGCCAGAAUUGGUAAUAAAUUGUUUUGAUGUGCUAAA